AUGGCUACUGCGUUCUCACUUCCUGUGACACAUUUCCAUUUACAAGAAUGUCAUCCUAUACUGCACCUCAAAACAGCUAUAACUCCAUCAAGAACAUCGGAUGAUCAUCUUUUACCAAUAAUGGAGUCCAACUCUACCUGUAAAUUGGUCAAUUUUGACUUUACGUUUAGAUUUUUGCCCUCAGUCUACGUGAGUGUUUUCACUCUUGGAGUUAUGGGAAACUGUUUGGGACUAAAAUCUAUAUAUAAGAACUGGACGAAAAUGGGCAACGUGAAUAUCUUCAUGCUUAACCUUUGCGGGGCAGACAUUUUAUAUCUUCUCACUUUGCCUUUUUUUGUGGUUUACUACGCAUCCGAGCACAAAUGGAUAUUUGGACAUGCUUUCUGCAAGAUUUUAAGAUUGUGUUUCUGCAUCAACCUGUAUGGCAGCAUCGGUUUCCUCACCUGCAUCAGCGUUUAUAGGUACCUGGGCAUCGUCCACACUUUAAGAGUUAAAGGCAGAAUUACAGCGAGGUUCUCCGUCUUGGUUGCUUUGCUAGUAUGGCUUCUGGUGUUGCUUCAGUCUCUGCCUGAUUUGUUUUUUGUCAAAACCUCCGACAACGCAACGUCAUGCUAUGACACGACUUCGGACAAGUACAUGAGGGAAUACCUCAAGUACAGCAUCGGGAGGACGGUCGUUGGAUUCGGGAUCCCGUUGUUAAUCAUGCUCUGCUGCUACGGACAUGUGGCGUUCACUCUGUUGACAAAGAAAGACAUCGAUAUCAUCUUGAAGCUGAGGUGUCUGAGGCUGGUUGUCAUCCUGAUUUUGCUCUUCUCCAUUUGUUUCACUCCUUUUCAUAUAUUUAGAAAUAUGAACCUGGCAACUCGAAUUUCCAAGCUCGACGGCACGUGUCUGAAAUGGUACGCAGAUGUAUAUAUUGCAAACCAGGUUGGAAAUGGACUGGCGUGCAUGAAUAGUGCCAUCAACCCGCUUCUCUAUCUGUUUAACAGUGAUGAGUUUUUGAUGAAGUUUUUUGUAAAGUGCAGACGAUCCAGACAAUCUGUCGUUUCUCCUCAAGUGUCUCCUUCACUAAAGCAUGAACUUGCCAUCAGUUAGAGAUGAAUGAAGACUCUUUGUGUGAUAACAUAUUUCUUCUUUUCCACUGGAUUAUGAACAGUGAAUUAAAUGAUUCUUUUAUCAUCCAUACAAGUAGCAACAUGUUAUGUGCCAAACUAUCAAUGGACUAGUCUAGAAGUUCGGUGUUGACCUUUUUGAUAAAACUUCACAUUUCAAAUA